ACCCCUGCCACGAAUAUUUUUUGUGUACGUCCGCAUGAAAGAAUAGUUCUCAGAUUUUACUCCUUUCACUCCUUUUAAAUUGAAAUCGAUAUCAAAUCUAUUUUUAUUUUUCUUUGUUAUAUUCUAGAAUGGUGGGAUAACAUCGAAGAUCAUUUUCAUGUAAUUUUCAAAUCAGCGUAUGAACAUCCUCUGCAGUUGGCCAGCAAUUCGGUUCAAUGUCGACCAUAUUGGCAAUACACACGAGUGUAAUAAUGCGAGGAAAAUAGGGAAAUAGCGCCGGUAUAAAUAACAAUUUUGUAUUUUCUGGUGGUAGGGAUAGGGAGACUUCAGGACAGACUUUCAAGAGAAGAGUUGGAGAUCAACUAAUCGUAUAAUUUAUCAGGAUGUCUGUUCUGCAAGCCAUUGAAGAGAAGCUGUCCAAGAUGCCGGCCCCGAUCCGGCUGAAGGACCUGAUCCGUAACAUCCGUGCUGUCCGGACAGCUGCAGACGAGAGGGCCCUUGUCCAGAAAGAGCUUGCCCAGAUCAGGGCGAUGUUCCGUGAUGAGGACAAUACUUACAGGUGUCGCAAUGUAGCCAAGGUUCUCUAUAUACACAUGCUGGGAUAUCCCGCUCAUUUUGGACAGUUGGAAUGUUUAAAAUUGAUAGCUUCACCACGGUAUGCGGACAAGAGGAUAGGAUACUUAGGGGCUAUGUUACUUCUUGAUGAAAGACAUGAUGUUCACUUACUCAUGACAAAUUCAAUGAAAAAUGAUAUGGGCCAUAACACACAGUACAUCGUAGGUCUGUCAUUGAGCUGUUUAGGUAGUAUCUGCUCACCAGAGAUGAGUCGAGAUUUAGCUGGCGAGGUCGAGAAGAUGAUCAAAACGUCAAAUGCAUACAUUAAAAAGAAGGCUGUGCUAUGUGCUGUACGGAUUGUGAGAAAAGUCCCAGAACUGAUGGAGAUGUUCAUUCCUUCCGUUCGCUCCCUACUAAAUGAUAAAAAUCAUGGUGUGCAACUGACAGCUGUAGUGCUGAUUACAGAGAUGUGCGAGAAGAGCCAUGAUGUACUAGUUCACUUCAAAAAGCUUGUGCCAAACCUUGUACGGAUACUCAAGAAUCUAGUCAUGUCGGGCUACUCACCGGAACAUGAUGUCUCUGGCGUUAGUGAUCCAUUCCUUCAGGUGAAGAUCCUUCGGUUGUUACGGAUCCUUGGCCACCGUGAUGCAGACUGCAGCGAUGCCAUGAACGACAUCUUGGCACAGGUGGCUACCAACACAGAGACCAGUAAGAACGUUGGCAAUGCAAUCCUCUACGAGACUGUCCUCUGCAUCAUGGAUAUCAAAUCGGAGAGCGGUCUGAGGGUACUGGCAAUCAAUAUCCUCGGAAGGUUCCUUCUCAACACAGAUAAGAAUAUCAGGUAUGUUGCUCUCAAUACACUCCUGAAGACUGUGCAAGCUGAUAACAAUGCAGUGCAGAGGCAUAGAAGUACUAUAGUGGACUGUUUAAAAGAUCCAGAUGUAUCAAUUCAAAGGAGAGCAGUAGAGCUAUCGUUUGCACUCAUCAAUACAUCCAACAUUAGAACAAUGGUGAAGGAAUUAAUCUUCUUCUUAGACAGGGCUGACCCUGAGUUCAAGUCGUACACAUCAUCAAACAUCUUCCUCUCAUGUGAAAGGUACUCUCCAAACAAGAGGUGGCACAUAGACACCAUGAUGCGUGUCCUGUCGGCAGCUGGUAACAACGUCCCCGAUGAGUCGGUAGCCAGUCUUAUCCAGAUGAUCUCAGACACGUCAUCGCUCCAUGCCUACACUGUACAGCAACUCUACAAAGCAGUCAAAGAGGACAUCAGUCAGCAACCGUUGGCGCAGGUGUCUGCUUGGUGCAUCGGAGAGUACGGGGACCUGCUGGUAGCGGGCGUGGUAGACGAGGAGGAGCCCAUCCAGGUAUCAGAAGAUGAUGUCUUGGAUUUAUUAGAGUCAAUGAUCCAGACGACAUCGUCAACGCAAAUCACCAAGGAAUACGUACUCCUAGCCAUCCUUAAACUCAGUGUUCGCUUCUCAGAGACAAAUGAGAGGAUAGAAAAGAUAGUGAAACCUUACACACAGUCCUUGGAUAUGGAGUUACAACAGAGAUCAGUAGAAUUCAUGUCACUCACAAAAUCUCAUAAAAAUAUAGCAGGGCCAUUAUUAGAAAGAAUGCCUCCCAUGAGCAAAGAGAAGAGAGAAGGGCAGACACAGAACAACGGUGACAUGCUCGACGAUGAGCAGCUAGAUAGGACGGGACCUAGCCUUGCACCAACACAUGAUGAGGGUUCAAGUCUUGUAGACCUAUUAGGAGGCGGUCCCAGCUCACCCAUCAUCACAAACUCCCUGCCCCAGCAACCUACCAAGCCUGUGGAACCGGUCGGUAACAACACGGACGGGCUCCUGGAUCUCCUAGGGGGUCUGGACCUGAGCGCACCCGUUCCCUCCGGACCACCUCCCGUCCAGCCCACGCCUAACCCUAUCAUGAAUCUCAUGGAUGGCAUGGGGUCCAUGCAGACCGUUCCUCCUGCAUCCGUACCCCCUGCACUGGGCAUCAACAGUCUCCUAGGCGGCCCUGUUAAUAAUAUUGGUGGCUCAUCAUUCCCCACUGUAGCGGCAGUUGAAACCCGUGGUCUGAAGGUGGAGUUUUCUUUUGAGAAGGAAAGCGUGUCUGGGGCGGUAAACAUCAACCUCAAAGCAACUAAUGGCACCACGUCUUCAUUUAAUGCCUUCUUGUUCCAAGCUGCUGUACCAAAGACGUUUGAGCUCCAGAUGCUGACCCCGUCCGGUGACACCAUCCCGCCUAACAACUCCGGUGCCGUCACCCAAACGAUAAAGGUCGUCAACAGGACCCCCGGAGCGGUCCUUCGCAUGAAGUACAAACUCUCCUUCAAUGCCGAUGGAGUACCUGUGAAUGAGACGGGAGAAGCUGCCAACCUGCCAACCAACCUCUUCACGUGAUAGCGGCAGCAAACUUCACCCUCAAAAUUAUAUUUGCCCCCCUAAUGUUUUGUUAUAGUCUAUGUAUGUGUUUAAUCUAUUAUAUCGAAAGAGAAAAGAUUUAAUCCUUUUCUUAUUAUGAUAAUGAUUUUGCAAUGAAGUCCUAUGUCAUGAUCUCAAAGGGUAUAAGCCGCUGAGAGAGAAAGAUCUCUUUGUAUACACUCAAUAUAGCACAAGAUUAGAAUAUAAAGUCUUAAGAUAAUAAAAAUUGGAUUGAUAUGGGCACAUAAGUAGCUUCCCUCUAGUUGAUAGGUAUCAUUAGUCUAUUUUAAAGGUUAUUGGAAUAAAGAAAGUUAGAUAGAGAGAAGGAGAAUUUGAGAUGGGGAAAAAGAGAGAGAGAGUGGGAGUGAGUGAGAGGAAGGGGUGGGGGAUGUCAUGAGGGAAAAGUGAGAGAGAUAAUGAAGAGUGUGAGAACAAGAAUGAGUAUGCAGCUUCAUAGAUAUGGAAUAAAGAUAAUACUGUAUAUUCAAAUUCUACUCCAUGUGUAAGCCCAAUUUAAAAGUGUAAGCUGCAAAGGAGAGAAAAAAAUGAUAACCGAUUCCCUUGAUAAUUGUAACUUCGAAAAAACACCCCAUCAAAACAAUUAUUCAUGCAUUGAUGCCUUGCAUGUGAAAGAUGGUGAAAGGGUAAACUUUAAAUUGAAGCAUUAAAAACCAAUACAUUGCUAAAUAUUACAUUAGCACAUAUUGUCUAAGGACAUUAGCCUAAAAUUUAACCCUUCAGGUAAUUCCUUUUAAGUUUUUUUUUUCAAAUUCACAGUUCCCCAACCAACCAACACACACCAAUACGCUUCCGUGUGAAAUUUUAGUGUUGUGUUGACAAAGGCUUGGGUGAUCUUCAAUUUUCACUCAUUCUGUACAAUUUAGGAUUGUAGCAAUUGGGGAGUUAUUAGGGUGUUCUGUAUGCAUGAUGCAUUGCAUAGCCAUAAUUAUAUCAAAUAUUUUCAAAAAUUUGCUGCACAUAGCAAUAUGUUUACAGUGAUGUAGUUCAGAUUAACAAAUGAAUGUGGUAUUCCCUAAAAAAGUGUGAGGGGUCUAUACUGUCGUUGGUUCAUAUCCCUUCAAAACAUGGGUCUUAAAUAGACUGUUUGCUGGUAUGUCAAUUAACCCAAAGUCAUUGAUUUUCUUAACACAUCAGAUAGUGAUAAAAAUUGCAUGGUUCCUAGCGUAAUAUUCUCCAUUGCCGGCCGUAGAGGUGAUAAGAAAGGUCAUCAGUUGAAGCAAUGCAUGCUUUCAUUUAUCAAGUGCAAACACAGGUUAACAUUCAGCUUUCUGCCUUUGACUGUGUUACUCAAAGAGUUUUAGUCGUUGCCAGUGAUGCAUUCAAAAGUCUUGUUGUUGCGACAAAGCCCAGCCACAUUUUGUGUAGAGUUGAUGCUCCCUAUAUAAAAGAAAUGGAUUGGUCCGCAGAUUUAUUUCGCAAGAUGAAAGUUUGCUUGCCCCUGCAACAUACUUUUGGGCACCCCAUGUGCCAUGGGGUUUGUACCAGAAAUGUUGCUGAGCUUUUUUUGCUGAGUGUUUCACUCGAUAUCUGAACAAGCCUUAAGUUGCGGCAUUUUCUCUGCUUUUAUGCUCUCCCCUCUAUUGGCUUAUACCUGGGGCUACAGAAUUAUAUUAUAGAAGGAUUUCCCUGUCCGUCAUUCUUUCAUGUGAAUGACUAGUGUUCUGUGGUGCAUUUUAUCAACAUUUUUGUCUGACAAAUUGUGUGAUCUGACCUCUCUCCUUGGCUUCACCAUUGCUAUGGUAACAUUUAGAUGAAACGACUUGUCGGAUAAAUCAUCCAACAAGUCCUUUCAUGAAAUGCUCCUCGGGAAACCAAGGCUUAAUCCUUGUUUCUGUAUUUCUAAAUAUUUGCUUAUAAUUAUUACAUUGAAGAACUAAGUAAGUUGUUGUUUGCCCCGUAAAGGGUUGUGUAGCAUUUGCUCUGUUAAUGAAAUGACUGAAAAAAUAUUUUUUGAAUUGUCAAGUUUCAUCCCCUACUUCAAGUGCUAAAAAUAUUAUUCAUUUUAAAGUGAUACUAAGAUAGAUAUGUACCUGAUUUGUCAUGCUAUGAAUUAAUUUGCAAUUCAAUCUGUUAUUUUGUACUUAUGAAAGUAUUUCAGCUAUUCCACAUUUUGCUGGAAUAGCAAACCUGCAACGUUCAUUCAUCAAAUGUAACCUUGUGCAACCUUUUACUGGGCAACUGACAAGAGUUUGAAAACGGAUUCUUACAUUGUUCAAUACAAUAGCCCUCAAAAUUCUAUAGGAAAUACAUACCGGUAUAUAGGCUACAUGACGUUCCAAAAUUAUCAGACUUACAUGUAUUACUAAGUUACAUGUAUUUGUGUUGUUGUAAUUAUCUCUAUUUUUCUUCCUAUAUCUUGUCUUUUACUCCUUUAUCUGCCUCUUUCUCUAUCUUUCCCUAUCUUUCUCUUUUUGCUCUUUUUUACUCAUUCUGUGCAAUUGAACAAUUUUCCAAUUUAUUUUGGGGUGAACCAAUAUUCUAAUUUGUUGGAAAUCCCACUAGAGAUUUUGAAAUAAACUAUUUCUGUGGUUUGUCUUUGAACUAAGUCUUGAUGACAGUUUCACAAAAUGAGGACUUGAUCAAUACUUAAGUGUUUCUCUUUAAACCUAAAUUUCUUCUUUCCACACAGGCCUAAUCCAGAGUUGCAUAAUAAAUGAUUUUAUCGUUUUCCUUCUUUCGGUUCAUAGAGAUGUGGUUAAGGACUGAAAUUAAUAAAUAAAAGAUACGUCUUAUUGUGAUAACAGUUAUAUAAAGAGAUAUUGGAAUAGUCAUGUUUUCAUGCAGUACUUAUUCAGCUUCUAAGAGGGGGAAAACCACAUCUAUGUACUUUCAUAUUCUUCUAAAUGGGCAUAUGAAACUGGUAGGAUUUUUUUAAUUAAGGGGGAAAAUUGUGAGAAAUAGAAUGAAGCGUAUUUAGCCAACUAUUUGACAUUCCGUAAUGUGGAAAUCCGUCUAAUGAUAAUGGGAUUUUUUUUUGUAAGUUGGAAGUGAUCUUUAAAUGUUUCUAUACUUAAGAAUUUAACCUUGAAUGGCAAGAAUAGUUUAUUGAAGUAUAUCACCAUUCGUAUAUUGUAAACAAUAUUUUCCCCUGAACCAUAUUAUUCUAUUGAUCAUUAUGUAUCUGUAAGUUUGCGCUCAGUAUUUUAUAUGUUUAUCUCUUUCUCUUAGUGAUAUAUAUUAAUUUCAUGUCUGAAAAUACAUAUUGGAAAUGAAAGAUCAACAUUUCAUUUGAAAAGACAUAUAAAUGUAUACUAAACAACAUUUUUUUUGGUCUGAUCUAAAAUUGUGUUUUCUGACAUGAAAUGUUUUUGUGCAUAAUGUCUUUUGUAUUCACUUGUAGAUUUUAACCUAUUCCAUUUCUUGACUAUGUUUUAUAUAGAGAUCAUGUCUAUCUUGUUCCUUGUAAAGAUGAGAAACAUAUGAAUUAUAGUGAUUGAACUAAACAAUGUUCAUUUUAUCAAAUUUUGCUUAUGUGGGCCUUAUGGAAGGAUUUGUGUUGUAGGAGCCAAAUUCUUGGUUAUUGAAAUCUGUUUUAUUUAUUCGAGAUGUGAUAGUUUUGUUGACUGUGUUUGUGAUAAUCUUCAAGAGAAAUACAUGUAGUCACUGGUGUGGCUUUUGUCUCGCCUGAACGAAGUUUGGGAGAGACCUAGUGAUCAAUAUUCCUGUUAGUCUGUUGAUCUGUUACAAAAAUGCUCAAGUUUUUGU